CGCCUGUGCGCGGCCUCCUCAGCGCAGCCAUCCUCUUGGCUGCCGCGGGCGGCAAAGCCCACGGCAUCUGCCAUUUGUCAUUCAGCCCGUCGGUAACGCCCCGAGCCUUGAUUUAGACACGUCUGGGGCGGACUCCGGCCUCACUCUCCUGGCGGGCGAGCAGACAGACGGACGCGGCAGCCGUGCUCCCAGCGCAGCGGAGCGCGGGCCUUGGCGCGCGGGGCGCUUCCCCGGUUGCCGUCAUGGCCGCGGAGGCGGCGCGUGUGAGCAGCCUCGCCUGAGUUCCGGGGGGCUCUCGCCCCGCAGGGAAUCCUCCUCUAACUCCUCCCGCCCAGGCAGGAUCGGAGGUCUCUCCUGUGAGCUUUCUGGGGUCUUGCUGAGGUCCUGGUCCCUGGUCCCCGAAGUUCUCCCCUCCGCACCCUCUCCCUCCGCGUAUUAACCCAUCGGUCUUGCUGGGAGCCCAGUGGUGGCUUGCUUGGCACCUGAUUGCUCCUGCCUGAUUCAUACGCAGUGACGUUGGCUUUUGGUUGCUCUUAGGUCUGACGUGGCCUCUGCUUCGGGUCACGUCUAAAACUCAUCCAUACCUGCAUAGAAAGGUAUUUGCAUAGGAAUCAGAGGCGUUAAUCUUGUUCUGUUACUGCUUGGAUUUGCAUACCUGUUUUAUGGUAUUUUAAUACUGUUGGUUUAAAAGAAAUACCAUUUCCCCUGAGUGCUGUUUUGAAUAUUUUAUGUUUGAAUCUUGAGACUUCCGGGAGAACUCCGUGCCUGCCAGUGGUUGAUGUAUCCUCUCACCCAGUAGGCUGUCUGAUGAUGCAGACCCCCUUCCUGUGCCUGGAUCUCUUCAGUGCCUCAGACUUCCUCCCCCGGCUUGAGGCUGCCUGUGAAGUGGGCCUUGGGAAAGCAGGACACGAAGAACCAGUGGAUGAUCGCCCUCUGCCCUGUGCCUUCCUUGCACGUGUGCCUAAAGUGUGCACCGUUUGACCGGCACAUCUGAGAAGGAAGGUGUGAGAAGCAAAGCCCAUGGCCACGUUCCCCUGCCAGUUAUGCGGCAAAACGUUCCUCACCCUGGAGAAGUUCACUAUUCACAAUUAUUCCCACUCCAGGGAGCGGCCAUUCAAGUGCUUGCAGACUGAUUGUGGCAAAGCCUUCGUUUCCAGAUAUAAAUUGAUGAGGCACAUGGCUACCCACUCGCCCCAGAAAACUCACCAGUGCGCUCACUGUGAGAAGACAUUCAACCGGAAAGACCACCUGAAGAACCACCUCCAGACCCACGACCCCAAUAAAAUGGCCUAUGUGUGCGAGGAGUGUGGGAAGAAAUACCACACCAUGCUGGGCUACAAGAGGCACCUGGCCCUGCAUGCAGCCAGCAGCGGGGACCUCACCUGUGGGGUCUGCGCUCUGGAGCUGGGGAGCACUGAGGUGCUGCUUGACCACCUCAAAGCCCAUGCAGAAGAAAAGCCCCCUGCCGUGACCAAGGAGAAGAAGCACCAAUGCGACCACUGUGAGAGAUGCUUCUACACCCGGAAGGAUGUGCGACGCCACCUGGUGGUCCACACAGGAUGCAAGGACUUCCUGUGCCAGUUCUGCGCCCAGAGAUUUGGGCGCAAGGAUCACCUGACCCGUCAUACCAAGAAGACACACUCGCAGGAGCUCAUGAGAGAGAGUUUGCAGACAGGAGACCUUCUGAGCACCUUCCACACUAUGGCGCCUUCCUUCCAACUGAAGGCUGCUCCCUUGUCUCCUUUCCCAAUAGGAGUUCCUGCCCAGAAUGGGCUUGCAGGUAGCUUGCCACCUGAGGUUCAUGGCCUCACCCUUGGGCCUCCAGAACAAACCAUCCAGCCUAUGCCACCACCGCUGCCAGAGCCCCUUGCCGCACUGCACCCCAUGGUAGCACCGAGCUCUUCUCCCCCAAUCCUUCAGAAUCCCAAGUACACCCCCACUGCUACCUCAUACGCUCCGCUUCCUAGCCUGCCUCUGAAAGCAGAUACUAAAGGGUUUUGCAAUAUCAGUUUCUUUGAGGACUUGCCUCUGCAAGAGCCUCAGUCGCCUCCCAAGCUCAACCCAGGUUUUGAGCUGGCUAAGGGAGGGCCUGGGAAGGUCACCCUUCCCAAGGAGCUGGUGGCAGACACUGUGAAUCUCACAAUCCCUGCCUCUCUCGACAUAUCCUCUCUGUUGAGUUUCUGGCAGCUGCCCCCUCCUGCUCCCCAAAAUGCUUUUGGGAAUAGCACCAUCACUCUGGGGCCUGGGGAACCUCUUCCCCAUAGAUUGACCUGCCUGGGGCAGCAGCAGCAGCAGCCACCACCACCGCUGCCGCCGCCACCACCUCCCCCACCACCCCCACCCCCACCACCACCGCCACCACCACCACAGCCACAGCAGCCACAGCAGCUGCAACUGCAGCUGCAGCAGCCGCAGCCACAGCCGCUGCCACAGCCGCUGCCACAGCCGCUGCCACAGCCGCUGCCACAGCCGCAGCCGCAGCCGCCAGAAGCCCCACUGGCCAUGGGCACCGUGAAUCUGGGCCAGCUCCCCCUGCCCCCCAUUCCCCCUGUCUUUACGACUGGCACCAGCACUGCCAUCCUGCCUCAUUUCCAUCAUGCCUUCAGAUAAAUGAUCUCUAAAAGCAUCUUUUUCUGAUUCUGGAAGAUGUUUUAGGAAGCAGUGUAAACAUCAGUUAUAAUACAAGGAAAGAUGUAGAAAACAGGACUGGGACUAUGGCUUAUUCAGUGAUGACUGUCUUAAGAGAAUUCUCGAACUGCAUGUAUUGUGCCAAUCUGUCCUGAGUAUUCAUGCUUUGUACCAAAUGUAACCAGUGCGUGUUCUUUAAUCGAACUGCAAAUAUUGUCAUAACCAACAUCCAAAAUGACAGCUGCUAUAUAUGUGUUUGUCAUAUUGAAUUUAAUCGUAAGCCAUGAUCAUAAUGUUAACUAUAUAACUUUUUAUGUAGCGCCGCCUAGAAUAGAAAGGCUUGGACUUCCCCAAGUUGGGAGAACUUUUUUUUUUUUUUUCCUUUUUUCUUUUUAAAACAAGAAUAUAACCUUUAUAUGCUAUAUUACAAAUAGUCUGUGUAUUUCUUUUCAGGGAUUUUUCUACCUUCAGGGUUGGACGUAGUUUAGUUACUGUUACCAUAGCCAACCUGUAGUUUUACAGAAAAAAAAAUCCUUGUGGAGUGAUAGUCUUCUCCAUUUUAAAGCAUUUUAAAUGUAGUUUGAAUAUUUUCCAUAUGAUGCUGCAACGUGAGUUAUCAUUUCAUUUAUCUUAAAGACAAAACUGGUUGUCAGUUACAUCUGACAGAAAAAAAAAAAUCACUGUGUAACCAGGUUAAGUGGUAAAAUAAUCCAGGCGUCAGUCAAAGGCAUUUUGCUGACUAUAAUAUUGAUUAUAUUUUUAGCAGGAAUUUAAAAAAUAUUACUGGAAUUUAUAUAUAUAUAUUAAACAAGAAUUUUCUUUGCCUAGCUUAAACUUCAAGCUGCUUAAGUUCCUAAGUAUUGUUUGUAAUCGCCAAUAGAUAAACGCAUUUGUAAUUCAUCGGUUUAAGUCAUUAUUAGCUUUUACUCAAAGAGGAUUACAUUUUACAAUGUAACUGUACCUGUAAUCUGUCUCUCGAAAUCUGUAUCUCUUGAAUAUGGUAUCUUAUGAGUUUUUAAGAUGUAUCCUAACCUUUUAAAAACCUCCUUUGUAUUUUGUUUUUAGAGGUUUUCUUUUCCAUAAACAUGUAUCUUACAUAUAAUAAACUUCACAUAUCUUGCAAUG